UAGGAAAAAUGAAAUAACAAAUCUCUAUCCAUGUUUCUCUGUAUCUGUACUUGAAAUCUAGAACUGCAGAGAAUCCUUUCAUUUUUGUUUCCCUCCACAGAUCUCUAAAAUUCAUUCUCAUCAAACCCUAAUUUCGGGUUGAUUCUAACUCCCUCGUUAUUUAUUCAUCACCCAACCCGUUUUUCCGAUUUUCUGCAAUCAAUUCUUCUAUUUAAACUUCAAAAUCUGGUCUGAUCGAUGAUUCUGGAACCUUCAUGAGUCUCCCUCUUCGUCAUGGGCCACCACCAUCCUUACUAUGCCUGAGCUGCGUACCCGAACUCGCAGAAACCAGCUCGUAGACAACGCAAACGCUAUCCCGAUCAUUCAGCCAGCCUCGCCGGCGACCGCCAGAGCUCGACGGAGGAAGACAUCCGCCGCGGCUGCCCGAACGCGGAGGAAUCGGAGACAGAACGAUGCGAUCGCCGCCGCCGAUGAAAUCGUGAACGAUUACGCUGGUGCUGCUUGCGGAGCCAGAAAUAGAAAUAGAAAUUUAAAAUACAAGCUAGGAGAGAAAGAGAAUAACAAUAAUAAAAUUUCGGUUGGUUUUUGAAGAGGAAGACAUGGAUGAAGACGAUAGCCGUGGCCGUAGCGCAGAUAAGGUUCCGGGAGCUGAAGAUGAAGGCAGCACUGCCCCUCUUCCGGAGAAGGUUCAAGUUGGUGGUUCUCCUUUGUAUAGAACUGAGAGAAAACUUGGGAAGGGAGGAUUUGGGCAAGUGUAUGUUGGUCGGCGGGUAGGAGUUACGAAUUCUAGCGAACGGACUGGUGCCGGUGCUGUUGAGGUAGCUUUAAAAUUUGAGCAUAGAAGCAGCAAGGGGUGCAACUAUGGACCACCAUAUGAGUGGCAGGUUUACAAUGCAUUAGGCGGUAGUCAUGGUGUUCCACGAGUACAUUUCAAGGGACGGCAAGGUGACUACUAUAUUAUGGUAAUGGAUAUGCUUGGUCCCAGUCUGUGGGAUGUUUGGAAUAACAACUCUCACACCAUGUCUACUGAAAUGGUAGCAUGUAUUGCAAUUGAGGCUAUCUCCAUAUUAGAGAAGAUGCAUUCUAGAGGGUAUGUGCAUGGUGAUGUAAAGCCUGAGAAUUUUUUGCUUGGACCCCCAGGAACUCCAGAUGAAAAGAAAUUGUUUCUGGUUGAUCUUGGGUUAGCAACUCGGUGGCGUGAUAAUUCAACUGGCCUUCAUGUUGAAUAUGAUCAGCGUCCAGAUGUUUUUAGGGGCACAGUUCGUUAUGCUAGUGUGCAUGCUCAUCUUGGUAGAACAGGUAGCAGGAGAGAUGACUUGGAAUCUCUUGCUUACACUCUUGUCUUCCUUCUUCGGGGUCGGCUUCCCUGGCAAGGAUAUCAGGGGGAAAAUAAAGGGUUUCUUGUCUGCAAAAAAAAGAUGGCCACCUCUCCAGAAACAUUGUGUUGCUUUUGUCCUCAACCUUUCCGGCAGUUUGUUGAAUAUGUAGUGAAUUUGAAGUUUGAUGAAGAACCAAAUUAUGCAAAAUAUAUAUCCCUCUUUGAUGGAAUCGUGGGCCCAAAUCCAGAUAUCAGGCCAAUAAACACCGAGGGUGCUCAGAAGCUUAUAUGUCAGGUUGGCCAUAAGAGGGGGCGUUUGACCAUGGAAGAUGAUGAUGAUGAACAGCCUAAAAAAAAGGUUCGAAUGGGAAUGCCUGCUACACAGUGGAUUAGUGUUUACAAUGCUCGUCGACCAAUGAAGCAAAGGUAUCAUUAUAAUGUAGCUGACGCGCGGUUAGCCCAACACAUUGAUAAAGGGAAUGAAGAUGGUUUAUUUAUCAGCAGUGUGGCUUCUUGUACUAAUCUUUGGGCACUCAUUAUGGAUGCUGGCACUGGUUUCACUGCACAAGUUUAUGAACUCUCUUCCUGCUUUCUUCAUAAGGAAUGGAUUAUGGAACAAUGGGAAAAUAAUUAUUAUAUUAGUGCCAUAGCCGGAGCUCAUAAUGGAUGCUCAUUGGUUGUAAUGUCUAAAGGUACCCAGUACGUACAACAAUCCUAUAAAGUCAGUGAUUCGUUUCCGUUUAAGUGGAUCAACAAAAAAUGGAGAGAAGGAUUUUAUGUAACUGCUAUGGCCACUGCUGGCACUAGAUGGGCAAUUGUUAUGUCACGUGGGGCUGGUUAUUCUGAUCAGGUUGUGGAACUUGAUUUCUUGUAUCCCAGUGAAGGUAUUCAUCGGAGGUGGGAUAAUGGUUAUCGCAUCACCUCAACGGCUGCAACAUGGGACCAGGCUGCUUUUGUUCUUAGUGUCCCAAGAAGAAAACCAACUGAUGAAACUCAGGAGACACUCCGUACAUCUGCUUUUCCUAGUGCUCAUGUUAAGGAUAAAUGGGCAAAGAAUCUCUAUAUUGCAUCUAUUUGCUAUGGGAGAACAGUGUCAUAACUUGCUGAAAUUGAGAUUUCUGGCUGAAUUCUGAUCACUGGCCCAAACCUGCUUCCUCUUACUUCUAGUUGGGAACUGAAGAUGCUUUCUGACCAAUUUUCUGAACAAUGCAGUUCAGUAUUAAUGUAUGCUAAACUUACUUUAUGGUCACCAUCACAUAUCAUGAUGCAAAACCUGUGCACUGUAUUUCAGCUGUCAAAAAUACUUGAGUUGUGAGUAAAAUUAGAUUGUCAAUCGGGAAGAGUCUUUUGAUAUAAAGUUUGUACAGAUCUGAACAGUAAUUAUUAAUAUGUUGAAGGCAUGUGCACAGGUUAGGCUUUUGUUUACUGGUGGUAUUUAACAAAUAUGAACUUAGAUUUCCAGUGGGAACUGGACAUUUAAGCUUUGCACCCUUGUACUUGGCCCUCUUUAUCCUAGUCACACUUUUGACUUAAAUUUAAUUCUGUGCUUCUUCAUGUCUGAAUUUGACUAAUAGAAAGUUGGACAUUUUGACAACGGAUUGUAAUUAUUUAAUCAUUGUCAUUAUUAUUAUUGUUGCUGCUUUUUUCUAUUUGUCAUAGUUUACUCCCAACUCUGUUUGAUUUGUGAAUACAUCUAAUCAAAUUUUAAUGGAUUAGUCUAACUGGAGUGAAGGAUACGGAUGCUUUAGUUCCAAUUUUUUUCAAUUUUUUUCAAGAAGUAUGUUUACUUUCUUUUUUCUGUUUUUCUUUUGAAAAUUGUUUUUGCACUAUCAGUUUGCUACUUUUGAGUACCUUACCAUUAUGAUUGUUUCAAUGAAGAAAGUUGUGGGUACUACAUUUUCCAUCUAUUUGAUUGUUUUGCAUGGGAGCUAUCUAAGCAUCAUCUCAGUUACUCGAUGUUUCAAAUAUUUGCCACUUAUUUGUGUAGGUAAUGAUGACAUUAAAUUUUUACUACUGUUAUUCUAAUUACUUCUUUUGAUUUCCAAAGUCUACAUGAUGGGCUUCUGGUCAGUUGUUCUAUAUGACUGGAUGAUCAUUUUAUUGUUCUAACAACAAACAUUGCAAGGUGCACAUUUCGUUCUCUUGAGAAUGUAGCUUUCAUGGAAGCACAUCUUGGAAGAUAACUUGAUCUGUAUAUUUACUGAGUUACUUAGACACUUGAAGCAGGUAUUUAAUUCUGUCUCAAUUAUUAUUAAACAUUUUAUGUGGUUCAGCUGAAACAUUUAUGUAGCUUGUUUUAUCUAGAUAUACUAUAUAUGCAUGAAACAUUUAGUGAUUAUCUGGUCUGAUUGCAUUGGCUGUUUGAUGUUACAUCACAUUUUUCUUGCUCAAUAGGAACUCAGGUUGUUUGGACCAUAUAUUUAACUUCCGUGGCUGUGGAAACUUGCAGAUUUUGGUUGGUCCUUGCAAUGUUAUGUUGCCCAGAGCAACCUAUAUGGUCAAGGAAAUCAGAAGCUGUUCAAGGAACUGGUUUUUUUGGAACUAUUUGCCGUAUGUUAUUCUCCUUUUUGAAUAUUUGGAUUUUCUUAGGAAAUUUAGGGGGUGACUUGAACUUCAAAUUUAUGUUCUGAUAAUAACAAAAUUGCCGUAUGUUGAAUUUCACAAUACUACAAUUAUUGAAGGUCAAGAAGAGAAAUGGUAGUUUGGUUAUGGAUGACUUAAAAUAGAAAGUUUCUCUAAUUCCUUAUAUAGAUGUGAUUUUCUGGGGUUAUAUUUGGUAUAGUGGUACUCAGGUUAGAACCUAUGAUGCUUUCCAGCCCUCAAUCACUAUGCUGGCUCUAGUGGAUUAUCUUUCACAUCCUGUCCACUAAAAAAAAAUGCUAUUUUUAAUUUUAGGAGCUUUUUUCCUAAAAUUAUGUGAUCUGUCUUUUGUUUCCAAGUGAAGGAAUAGUCUAUAAAAGGUUAGGCUGACUCCUAGUAAGAGUGUCCUUUGAGUGUUGGCUUUUGGCAACUGAUAAAAUGGAGAGCCUUCCUCCCCCUAUCUUCCUCCCCCUAUCUGCUCUUCUUUUCCCAAAUGCAAUAUUAUAAGAAAUGUAAUAAUUAACUACAGAGCAAUAUGAAACAUGAUCAAGUUCUAGAUUUGGAACCAUUGUUAUCGAUUGACUGUAUGAAUAUCAUGCUUGCCUUAAGUGACACUGACUUAAUAGUUAUUUGGAUGAUGCAAUGAUAUCCACUAAACUGAGUUAGCUGUCUUGCCUUGGCUUAAGAUGGUGACUAUGGAAUACAUUGACGAGUGUCCUGUGGGAAAGGAAAUACUUGGUUUAUGUUGUCAAUCUGUGUAUGGACUAGGCAUAAGGCAUAAUUAUUAUAUGCUUUUUAUAUGGUCAAAUAAUUUUAUAUUGAGUAUCUAUUUGAUUAGGUGUUCCCCGGCUAUUCAACAAACAACAAAGUGAAAGGCAAAAGUUCGAAUUGAUGUCUAAAUUCAUUCAACUAUUGAUUCUGGUAUUGGAAAAGCCUAAAUUCAUGCUACUUUUGAUUCUGGUAUUGGAAAAGCGGUGAAUUAUUGUGUUAUGGAGGGUGUGAAGUUGGGGAUCUAUUUCCUGCUCUAUUUUGUUGUGACUUUUUUGGGCGAAUCAUUGUAUUUUGGAAGAUAAACUGUGGUAAGUAACUGAUAAUGAUAUGGAUAAUGUAUAAUAAAUUUUAUAGUUAGUCAUAAUUAUAAUAAUUGAUGGGUAAAUAGUGUA